GAGGCCCAAUCAGUUUGUGCUGGCACGGAGAACAAGCUGAGCUCUCUCUCUGAUCUCGAGCAACAAUAUCGUGCAUUGCGCAAGUACUAUGAAAACUGUGAGGUGGUCAUGGGCAACCUAGAAAUCACCAGCAUCGAACAUAACCGAGACCUCUCCUUUUUACGAUCAAUCCGAGAAGUCACAGGCUACGUCUUGGUCGCUUUGAAUCAGUUUGAGUACCUUCCAUUGGAGAAUCUCCGCAUCAUUCGUGGAACGAAACUCUACGAGGAUCACUAUGCUUUGGCCAUCUUCCUUAAUUACAAAAAGGAUGGGAGUUUUGGACUCCGGCGUCUUGGACUGAAGAACCUGACAGAAAUCUUAAGGGGAGGAGCGUAUGUCGGCCAGAACAGGUUCCUUUGCUAUGCUGACACAAUCCAUUGGGAAGAUAUUGUCCGUAAUCCUUCUGCUUCAAACUUCUCUGUGGUUCCGAAAAACAGCAGUACAGAUUGUGGACGGUGUCACAAAUCUUGUGGAAACCGAUGCUGGGGACCUUCUGCAGACCAGUGCCAGAGCUUAACGAAAAUGGUGUGUGCUGAGCAAUGUGACGGGCGUUGCUACGGGCGCUCUGUCAGCGAAUGCUGCCACCGCGAAUGCGCAGGCGGAUGCUCUGGACCAAAGGACACAGAUUGCUUUGCAUGUUUGAAUUUCAACGACAGCGGCGCUUGCGUCACUCAGUGUCCCCAGACCUCUGUGUACAACCCUGCCACCUUCCAGAUGGAAACCAACCGAGAUGGCAAAUACACCUACGGUGCUUUUUGUGUCAAAAAGUGCCCACAUAACUUUGUGGUGGAUAUCAGUUCUUGUGUACGGGCUUGUCCCAGCCCCAAGAUGGAAGUUGAAGAAAACGGUAUUAAGACCUGCAAACCGUGCACGGACAUUUGCCCCAAAGCAUGUGAUGGCAUAGGUACAGGAAGUUUGAUGUACGCUCAGACCGUCGACUCCAAUAACAUUGACCAGUUUGUCAACUGUACCAAGAUCAAUGGGAAUUUGAUUUUCCUGGUCACUGGAAUUCAUGGGGACCCUUAUCACAUGAUCGAAGCCAUCGACCCGCAGAAUUUAAAUGUCUUUCAAACAGUGAGGGAGAUAACAGGUUACUUGAAUAUACAAUCAUGGCCAGAAAACAUGACAGAUUUCAGUGUCUUUUCGAAUCUGGUUACCAUCGGCGGAAGAGCACUCUACAGUGGCCUCUCCUUGCUUAUUCUCAAACAGCGAGGAAUUAGAUCUCUGCGUUUCCAGUCCUUGAAGCAUAUCAGUGCUGGCAAUGUCUAUGUAACAGACAAUACCAAUUUGUGCUACUAUCACACCAUCAACUGGACCAGUCUCUUCAGCACUGCCAACCAAAAGACUGUGAUCCACAGAAACAAGAAGGCUGAAAAUUGCACCGCAGAAGGGAUGGUGUGCAGCCGCUUGUGUUCCAAAGAUGGCUGCUGGGGGCCGGGGCCAGACCAAUGUUUGUCCUGCAAGUACUUCAUCAGAGGAAGGACCUGUGUUGAGGCUUGCAACCUGUAUGAGGGUGAAUAUCGGGAGUUUAUAAAUGGCUCUGUCUGUGUGGAGUGUGACCCCCAAUGCGAGAAGAUGGAAAAUAAUAGGAUCACAUGCCGGGGACCAGGACCAGACCAUUGUACCAAGUGCUUCCAUUUUAAAGAUGGCCCCAACUGUGUGGAAAAGUGCCCGGAUGGUGUGCAAGGGACAAACAGUUUCAUUUUCAAAUAUGCUGAUGAGAACCGUGAAUGCCACUCUUGUGAUCCAAAUUGUACACAAGGGUGCCUAGGCCCAAGCCUUGAGGACUGCAUUGGUUUCAUGGAUAGAACACCCCUGAUCGCUGCUGGAGUGAUUGGUGGACUCUUCAUCAUCGUCAUUUUAGGCUUGACGUUUGCGGUUUAUGUGAGACGCAAGAGCAUAAAAAAAAAGAGGGCCUUACGAAGGUUCCUGGAGACUGAGCUCGUAGAACCCUUGACCCCAAGUGGGACGGCACCCAACCAGGCACAGCUCCGUAUACUGAAGGAAACUGAGCUCAAGCGUGUGAAGGUCCUUGGAUCUGGGGCCUUUGGAACAGUGUAUAAGGGUGUUUGGGUUCCUGAGGGAGAGAGUGUGAAGAUUCCUGUGGCAAUUAAAAUCUUGAAUGAGACCACUGGUCCAAAAGCCAAUGUAGAGUUCAUGGACGAAGCUCUUAUAAUGGCGAGCAUGGAUCAUCCCCACUUGGUACGGCUCCUGGGCGUUUGCUUGAGCCCGACGAUCCAGCUGGUCACGCAGCUGAUGCCCUAUGGCUGCCUCCUGGACUACGUUCAUGAGCAUAAGGAUAACAUUGGCUCCCAGCUGUUGCUGAACUGGUGUGUCCAGAUAGCCAAGGGAAUGAUGUACCUAGAAGAAAGACGCUUGGUUCAUCGAGACUUGGCAGCCCGGAAUGUUUUGGUGAAAUCACCAAAUCAUGUGAAGAUCACUGACUUUGGCCUGGCGAGGCUCCUGGAAGGAGAUGAGAAAGAAUACAGCGCAGAUGGUGGGAAGAUGCCAAUUAAAUGGAUGGCUCUUGAGUGUAUCCAUUACAGGAAAUUCACGCAUCAGACUGACGUUUGGAGCUAUGGUGUUACUAUUUGGGAGCUGAUGACCUUUGGUGGAAAGCCCUAUGAUGGGAUCCCAACGAGGGACAUUCCUGACUUGUUAGAGAAAGGGGAGCGCUUGCCGCAGCCUCCGAUUUGCACCAUUGAUGUUUACAUGGUGAUGGUGAAAUGCUGGAUGAUUGAUGCAGACAGUCGGCCAAAGUUUAAGGAGCUGGCUGCCGAAUUCUCUCGGAUGGCUCGAGACCCUCAGAGAUACCUGGUCAUUCAGGGGGAUGACCGCAUGAAACUGCCAAGCCCAAAUGACAGCAAGUUCUUCCAAAAUCUGCUCGAUGAGGGGGACCUGGAAGAUAUGAUGGAUGCCGAAGAAUACCUCGUCCCUCAGGCGUUUAACAUUCCUCCACCCAUCUACACAUCCAGGACCAGAAUCGAUUCCAACAGGAGUGAAAUUGGACACAGCCCUCCUCCUGCCUACACCCCUAUGUCAGGAAACCAGUUUAUCUACCGAGAUGGUACCUUGGCUACAGAACAAGGAAUCCCUUUGCCAUUCCGGGCUGCCAUGCCCAGUAUAGUGCCAGAACCUCCCCUUGCGCAAGGUGCGGCAGAGAUAUGCGAUGACACCUGCUGCAACGGUACUCUUCGGAAACAGGUGGCCACUCUGGCGCAGGAAGAGAGCAUCGCUCAGAGGUACAGCGCUGACCCAACAGUUUUUGUACCAGAACGUGGGCCAAGAAAUGAGCUAGAUGAAGAUGGAUACAUGACUCCAAUGCCAGAAAAGUCUAAACCAGAUCACCUGAAUCCAGUGGAGGAGAACCCAUUUGUGUCUCGACGGAAGAACAGUGAUCUCCAAGCACUGGACAACGCAGAGUACCACAACGGUCAAACUGGGCAACCCAAAGCCGAGGAUGAGUAUGUGAAUGAGCCAUUGUACCUCAACACCUUUGCAAGCACCUUGGAGAAUGCAGAGUACAUGAAGAAAAAUGGGCUUCCAUUGCCAGAGAAGCCCAGGAAGGCCUUUGACAACCCUGGUUACUGGAAUCACAGCUUGCCUCCAAGAAGCACCCUACAGCACCCGGACUACCUGCAGGAAUACAGCACAAAAUAUUUUUACAAACAAAAUGGAAGGAUCCGGCCCAUUGUGGCAGAGAACCCUGAAUACCUGUCAGAGUUCUCCUUGAGGCCUGGCACGAUGCUGCCUCCUCCACCUUACAGACACCGGAACACCGUCGUGUAA